CACACACACCUCACUCUCUACACACAGACAUGAACGCACGCGCGUCUGUCUUUCGUCUCAUCUCAUCUUCUGCUGUGCCUUGACGCCGCCCCGGCUCACGGGUCCAUCGGCUAGCUGCUCACAUGACCGAUGGAGUGGUGACCCUGAGGUCCGUCAGGCACACUCGGGUCGUCCAUCAAACCGGGCUCCCAAACUCCUCAUCACGUCUCUUGCUUCGUCCAGUGGAUGGAUCUAUCUGUCUAGUCUUGACUCCACCAGCUGUCCGUCAGGCCGCAGGCAAAAGGCCUCCAUCUCGCCCAACACCAACCCGCUCGCCUACACACACACAGGAUAACAACCACAGCAACAGACAGACAGACAGACAGUACCCCCAUUGGAUGGAUGCAUGGAUGUGUGUGUGCAUGUGCCCGCGACCCACAUACAUACCAGUUCGACGCCCUGUUGGUCAUCCUGCCGCUCGGCCUCGGCGAAGGCACAUGGCGGGGUGGUGUGUGUGGCGACGUCGUCCUGCUCCUCCUGUUGCCCAGCUGCAUGGCCGCCCAGCUGCCUCCUUCGCAGCUGUCCCAGGUGGAUCAGAUACACGUGGUGGCUGUUGCGGCCGGUCCGUCGACGAGUGGCCAUCCGACUGCACCCGACACGCAUACACACAUGCGUCGAUGAGGUGCCAUUAUUGGAUCUCAUGUCAGUGCACUGCGUGUUGUCCUCACCGAGCAAACGUCUCCAGGACAAGGAUGCGACCGCACAGCAGGCCGAAAUGGGACACCUGUUGAGGCAGCCAAAGGCAUAUGAGAACUGCGGGAGCUCUCCACUGUCUGCCUCUCUCUCUGACCUUUCCCUGAAUUCCAACGAGCGGUAGUCGAAUGACUGCUGUGGGCAGCACGCCGUCCUCACGGAUCAUCCGCUGCCAGGGGGGCAGCCCACCCCGCCACCCCGUCCACUUGAGCCGUAUCUCUUCGCAAGACGUCGGCCCCUCCUGCUGCGUGCCCUCGUGUUCGACGGACGCCUCCCUCUCCCACGCAACGACCCCCUCGUCGGCGUACAGGCGGCUGACGGCCGUCCCGUCACCCACUACCAGCUGUGUGUAUCCGCACCCUCCCUCUUGCCGUGAUGUCGAUGUGGCUGGUGUGUGGGGUGAAAGCCGCCAUGUGUGGAUGUUGCCGAGGUCAUCUGAGGCAAUGACGUGAUGCGCACUGAGCUCCACGUCCGUCAGCAUGGUGUCGCGCGGGAGGGCCAGACGAGAGAUGCGCCGGGCGCGCUGGACGUCCCAAAUGUCGAUAUGCGCCGUCGUGGAAGCAGCCGUGCUCCCCUCCUGCUGCUGCUGCAGCUGCAUGGUGCCCAGCUCGCUGGUGUCCCAUUGCGUGGACCACACGGCCAGAUAGACAGACGGCGGAAAGGCGCAAUUUGUCAGCUUGAACGACUGACACCGAUCAGUCAGAUGAUGGUCCUCUUCGCCAUCCCUCCUGGUGCUGCCCUGCUGCAUCAGUUGUGAGAGCAUCGCGGCGGCCGUGCUGGCGGGAGACGGCGCAGGGUGCGGUGGCAAGCUGGUGGUGGAUAGGGGAAGGGCGAAUGUGGGCGCGCCUGUGUUGGCGUUGAGGACGAAGCAGUGGUCGGACCUGCUGGUGGUGCAGGCGAACACUGGGGGAGAGGGAGGGGACGCCUCCUGCAGGUUCAGGAAGACGAAGUACUGGACAAAAGGGCCGAACGACCACCUUAGCUCAGAGCCGUCAAGCGCCCAGACCUGACACGCGCACAGACACACAUAUUGGAAGCAUGCCCGUGUGCAGACAGAUGUACGUACCUCUUUCCAUGUGGCCAUAUCGUCAUCUCCACUAGAAUCGGUCUGCUCGACCGUCACGGUGAGCACCAAGCUCUCGAUGACAGGGAAGAUCUCCACAUCACGGACCUUCCUCUCCACUUUCUCUGGUGCAUCCCCUCUUGCAGACCGAUAGACCCACUCCCGCGCCGUGCCAUCCCUGAGAUUCUCCACCAGCACAUCCAGCCGCUCGGUGUCCACAAAGCAGCACAGGGACGACCGCACGUCGAACAAGCCCUUCUGUGCCCGUGACACCAGUCGUGAGCGGGCGUCGCCGUCGUGCCUGACCAUCACGGGCGCCACGCCAUCUCUCGCCUUGCUCAUUGUCGAGUAGCACACGCGGCAUACGUCCAUCCACGAGGGCGCGGCGCCCCGCUGCAGCCCCUCGUAGGCGUGCAUCAUCGACGGGUCAGCGCUUAAUCCGUCGUUGAUGUAGAGAGGGCGGAUGAUGGCGCGUUCGGGUGUUUGCUGGACGUGCUGGUGCCAUGGAGAGCAGACGCACACCAUGUUCCUCAGGUCUGUGAGGGCAGCGGGGCCGGGGAGAGAGAGGAUGAUCUCGGUCAGCGGCGCUGGAGGCAGACCUUCCCACAUCAGUCAACGGUGAGAUCUGUAGCCAGGCGAAAAUGAGGGAUUAACUUACGAUGACUUUGCAUGUCCUCG